CCUCCCCCGCCCCCGCGGACGUCUCGUUUUGCGGGUAAAGUUCACACUUUUCUCCGGGACCCAGAAGUCAUGGCUGCUCCUCCUGUGGUUAUAUGGAAGCGAGAGGUGCAGCGCCUGCUGCGUUGCAGAGACCUGGUCCCCCGCCUGGAGGACGCUUUGGGGAAGUUCUCCAGACGAGACCGCGCCGAGCUGAUCCAGCCCGUGCGCACCACGCUCCCCCUGCAGAAGCAUCACGGCUUCCUCGGAUCCAUGCCCUCAUACAUGGAGAAGGACGGGGUCCUGUGCACGAAGCUCGUGUGUUUCUACAACAGGGAGGAAGGCUCAACUCUGCCAGCAGCACAAUCCACGGUGAUGCUGCUGGACCCAGAGUUUGGGAAUGUAAAGGCUGUCAUUGAUGGAGAGGAUAUCACAGAAAUGAGGACCGCUGUGGUUUCAGCCAUCUCUGCUAAGCUGCUGAUGUGCCCUGGAGCAGACGUGUUGGCCAUCUUGGGGACUGGCAAACAGGCCAUGGCUCAUUACAAUGUCUUCACCGAAAUGUUUCCAUUUAAAGAGGUGCGUGUGUGGAGCCGCACGAGACAGGGAGUGGAGAGGUUUUGCCGCUCCGCCAGUGGUCCGGUGACGGUCUCAGCGGAGGAGGCGGCAAGGGGAGCAGACGCCAUCGUGACGGCAACCAGCAGCACCGAGCCGGUGCUCUUUGGCCGGUGGGUCAAACCAGGAGCCCACGUGGCCGCGGUGGGAGCCUGCAGGCCGAACUGGAGGGAGCUGGACGAAGAGUUGAUGAAGGAGGCGGUGGUGUACAGUGACAGCAGGGAUGGCGCCAUGACCGAGUCCGGUGACGUCAUCCUCUCUGGGGUUGAAGUGUUUGCCGAGCUCGGGGAUGUUAUUAAUGGGACUCAACCUGCACACAGAGAGAAGACGACCGUGUUCAAAUCUCUCGGAUUGGGAGUUGAAGAUGCAGUGUCUGCGCAGCUGGUUUUCGACCUUUGGAAAGCCGAAGCCGGUUUACCAUGAGGUGGCCGUGUGUUUCAACCCUGACCUCUUGGUUAGACAUUCAUAGCCGACCAGCCAAUCACGAUCAAGGCAAUAUAAGACAGGACAAAAUAAUAUAGUUCAGUCCAAAUUGAUUUUUUACUUCCGAUUACCCAUCCUGAUAAAAAAGAAAAGCCAUGGUGACUUUAUUAAAAUGAUAAUGUAAAAUAAAAAAUGUAAUAUAAUUUCAAAAUAUCAUUAAUAGUUUUCCAAGUACGUAUGUUAUAUAAUAUAACGUCAUCUAAUUAACAAUUUCACAUACUUGUAUCAGUGUUUUAUGACCACAUUAAAGUGAAAAUGGAAAAGCCGUCUGAUAUUUAAUUGUUUAAGUGGGCAAUAUUACAAUAUUUACCUAAUUUCUUCCCGCCUGAAACACAAAAACACGCCUCACCGAGUGGCUAAAAGCCCUGAAACGGGUCUUCUCGGGCGAGUCUGUUUAUAUAUAUAUACAGUAUAUAUUAAUUUGCUUAAUAUAUAACUAUUUUACUGCAAACAAAUAUAUAUAUUAAUUUAAUUCAUAUUUGUAUUUUUAUAUAUAAAUGUAUAUAUAUUAAUUUGCAUAAUAUAUACGUUUUAAAUAUAGGACUUUGCCUCAAUAAAAUAGUCUUAACUAAGAAACUUUGAAUCAGAAAAUAUCUGACCAAAGAAUCCUUGAACACGACUUGGAAUCGGACCAAACGUUCAAUUCCCACUUUUUGAACAAUCCAGUCCUUGAUCACUAAACAUUUUAUUUUUGUUGGUUACUCAAAAUGUAUCAAGAAUCAAUACCUAGAGCUAAAAGCACUCGGUUCUCCACCAGAAUUGUAUUCCUGUCAGUUUGGAGACAACUUAUAUUUAGACCUUUUUAUCUUGAGGAAUAAAGUUAUCUCAAUAGA